AUGGGAAAGCAAUACGUUUGUGUAUCCGACGUUGUAACGUUGAAGCCUAUGGAAUGGGUUAUUGAUUUGCUCGGCUGGACAUUAUGCUACGAUUCGAAAAAUUUACUUGGGAGGAUUGACUACAUUCUUUACCACUUAGCGCAACAGGCGUUGGAGGCCAACAACAAAGUAACUGUUGAGGGUAUUGCGAGCUUUUGGGGUCCCAUAUUGGAUAAUUAUGUGAAAUUCACCGAAUAUAACUUGAAGAAGGUGAAAUAUUUACUAGAACUACCUAAAGCGAAGACACGCUUGACUCUUUGGAAAGCAGAUUUAGGUGAAGAGGGAAGCUUUGAUGAUGCAAUUCAAGGUUGUACCGACGUGUUCCAUGUCACCACACCUAUGGAUUUUGAGUCCAAGGACCCCGAGCUGAUGGCUUUGGUCUCAAUUGCAGAAUCAAGUUAUAAACCAACGAUCAAUGGAGUGUUAAGCAUCAUAAAAGCAUGUGCCAAUGCCAGAACUGUUAGAAGGUUAGUAUUCACAUCAUCUGCUGGAACCAUUGACAUUGCAGAACAACAAAAGCCUUGUUAUGAUAAAAGUUGUUCGAGCGAUCUCAAAUUUAUUCAUGACAAAACAAUGACUGGUUUGAUGUAUUUUGUCUCCAAGACAAUGGCUGAGCAAGCUUCUUGGAAGUUUGCUAAAGAAAAAAACGUUGAUUUUGUCAGCAUAAACAAUAGAAAGCCAUCGCUGGAGAUCGUAGAGACGAACGGAGUAAACCUGAGCAGAGAAACUACAUUGAGAUACAGACGCAAUUGCUUGAACUGUGAUGGAGGGAUCAGUUUGGUGAGAACAUCAGCAAUUUGCUCCGCUGAUGGUAGAUAA